GUCCAGGAGUACAGAAUCCUUGUCCAUUAAAUCAACAAGGUUCCCUAUAAAUACUGUGAAAAGGGAGCUCACCUCUCUACUCGAAGCUGCACAGUCGAGACAAGAUGGAGAAACUCUUGGUUUUCAUGGUGAUGCUUGCAUCUUGUUAUGCAGAUACACAAGAUCUUUCUGGCAAAGCCUUUGUAUUCCAGAGUCGGACUGCCACAGAUCAUGUGAAACUGAUGACACCCAAAACAUCCUUGAGUGCACUCACCGUCUGUCUCAGAUUCAAGACAGAUCUCACCAGGAACUACGCCCUCUUCUCUGUGGCCACACCAGCGCACACCAACGACUUUCUGCUCUUCAAGAAUACCGAAGAAGGCGAUAUGAAGGUGCAUGUUCGAGACGCUGGCGCAGACUUCAUGGCUCUGUCUGUUCCUCCCAACGCCUGGCACACCGUGUGCACUACCUGGAACUCUGAAGAUGGCACUUCUCAGUUGUGGGUGGAUGGCAAACCCACCAUCAAAAAGUUUAUCUAUUCAGGGCAACCCAUCAGCGGCAAGCCCAGCACAGUUCUGGGCCAAGACCAAGACUCUUACGGAGGAGGCUUUGACGCCAGUCAGUCCUUCGUCGGCACGAUCUCGCGAGUUCAUAUGUGGGACUACGUCCUCUCUCCAAAGGAGAUCCACCGCUAUGAACAGGACACAUGCUUCACCCCUGGGAACGUGUUCAACUGGAAAGCCCUCGACUAUGAAGUAGUUGGCAACAUUUUGGUGGAGCCAGAGGUCAUGUAAAAGAAUCUAGCUGUGUAAUAAGAAUUAAACUUGCCUGUUUUCAACAAAAGUUGAAAUACUGCAGAACAACUUUGGUAGAGGACACGUCCUCCCAAUGAAAAAUGUUCAAAAAUAAAAGAUAUAUUUCAGAGUAA